UAUUUUUGGUAUGCAUUUACAUUCAUACAUAUAUACUGUACGAGUAUGUAUGUGCAUAUGCCUCACUUGUCACGAUUCCUUGCGUUCGUAGCGAGGUAUCUUACUUAGCGCCUCGUUGGUUGCCUACCUGUGUCACUAAAUUUGUUUUCGCGAUGACAUUCGAAGCGAGUGAACAUAUCCAACAACAAUUUAUAACAACAGCCAUUAAAUGACCUUCAAUAUCGCGUACAGGUGCACUAAAUAUUUUAUAUAAAGACGGUGGAAAAACCCAUCGUUAAACCAGUGAUCACAGCGACUUCAAAAUGUUAAGACAAGUUUUACUGAGUGUCCUUUUGAUGGAAGCAUUUUCCAGCAGUUUGCCGACAGCGCAGCUUAACUACCCUAAUGAUGCGGUCGAUAAACGGAAUUUCGGACGUUGCAUUACGCCAAAUGGCAGACGUGGUUCUUGCAUAAUUUUGCAAGAGUGCAAAAAGCUGUACACUUUGCUCUUGAGCCAACCACUACACGAUGUGAAUAGACUGUACUUGAGUCAGAGUCAAUGUGGUUAUCUUAAUGGAAGAGUUUUGAUAUGCUGCCCUGAACAAAACACAAAUUCUUCUAUUCAGCCCCCAAUUGCCAAGAAAUCUGUGCCAUCGUCUCAAGCUGUGAAAAAGGCUGUACUCUUAGAUAAAACUUCUACGGAAUAUCCAAAAAUAAGAAAAUUACCACGUCCCGGCCAAUGUGGACAGAUGACAUCAAGCCGAAUUUAUGGCGGUAACGCGACAAAGAUUGAUGAAUAUCCUUGGAUGGCUUUGAUAGAAUACACAAAACCAUUCGGUCAUACCGGUCAUCACUGCGGCGGUUCGCUGAUCAACUCUCGUUACGUUGUCACUGCUUCGCAUUGCGUCAAUGGUAGAGCUUUGCCUAGCGAAUGGCAGAUAACCUCAGUGCGCUUGGGCGAAUGGGAUACCACAACAAAUCCCGAUUGUGAAGUUGAUGCACGCGGUGAAAAGGAUUGUGCGCCAAGACAUAUCGAUGUGCCCAUUGAAAGUGCUAUACCACAUCCCCAAUAUGAUCCUCAUUCGAUAAAUCAAAUUAACGACAUCGCACUUUUGCGUUUGAAGGAAACCGUCACUUUCACAGACUUCGUACGACCCAUUUGCUUGCCAGUGAAUAGCAAUUUACGUACCGCCACUUUCGAUGAUAUCAUCAUGGAUGUGGCUGGUUGGGGCAAAACAGAGUCAAAGUCCAGUAGUAAUGUUAAAUUGAAAGCUGAACUAACCGGAGUGUCGUUGGAGAAGUGUCGUCAUGUCUAUCGUCCUCAAAGUAUUCUACUGGAGAGCACGCAAAUGUGUGCUGGCGGUAAACAAGGUGUGGAUUCCUGCAGAGGUGAUUCGGGUGGACCACUCAUUGGACUAGGCACGACAAGCAGAGGACGCACCUAUUAUUUUUUGAUUGGCAUCGUUUCAUUUGGACCAGCGUCGUGUGGCUUAGAAGGUUGGCCAGGUGUUUAUACCAGAGUAGGACAUUUUGUGGAUUGGAUGCUGGAGACGAUACAAAUUUAAGUCUGAAAAGUAGUUAAUAAGUGAUUUGUUAAAUAUGGACUUAAAUAAUUCUUAUGUAUUUAUUUACUUGUAUAUGCAAGUGUGUUUGUGUGUAUGUGCUAUGUAUGCAUACAUAUGUAUGUACAUAUGUAUGUGUGUAAAUAUUUGUUUGUGCUCUAGGGUUACUAGUCUGAGUUUUAGCUCGUUAAGCGAGAUCUUUACAGUUUUACAAAAACUACCACUACCUGAGCUUUAUUUUCCCUUCCUUUAUUAUUAUUUAUGACAAACGCUUUGUGCCACUCAUUUUGCAGAAAAGGCAUGUAAAUAACACCUUUUGUGCAAAAUAGUACACAUUUUUGAAUGCAUAAAGGACAAACGAACAGCGAACAAGUUGAGUAUACAAUCAAAUUUUCGUGGAAUAGAAAGGUUGGGUUUAACUACUUAGGAUUUAAAUAUUUAUUUACAUAUUUACUGUUAAAAUACAUGCACAUGUAUGUAUUUAGGUAGUUAGAAGUUGAGGUUUCCCAGGUAUACAUAUGUAUGUAUAUAAUUAAUGUU